UCGCGUACCACUCCGGGAUGGGAUUUCUUGGCUUGGUUCAUUGGGAAAUGUGGGAUUAGAUGAGUGUGAGACGCGUUUGCGACAUAAAGUAGUCUGACCUAGUGAAUUGAGCGAAGUGGUUGUUGUUUUGUGUUAGUGGAGUUUGUCGUUACCGUUUUUGGAUACAGUGACGAUACAUGUUUUUCUUGCAGUCGGAGAGGCUUAUUCACUGGUGACUGGUCAGUGCUGUACUUUCUCUGGUGAAAGGAAGAGAAAAUUUUUGGAAAUUUUGUUUCCAAUAGUGGUGAAAGCAAGGUGAAAGUUUGUGAAGAAAAGAAAAAUAAUUCAGGAAAGUUUGAAAGUUUUGAUAAUUGUGGAUCCAUGCCUGCCAAAAAUAUGGAUGUCAUCGACGUAUUAGGGGACCUCCUGAUCGAUCUGGAGAAGACGGCAGCGUCUACCUCCUCCCCUCGAGCAAGGGAACAAGAUCAGAUUCAAAAGUCAUACGCGCCUAGUCGACCACUCCCAUCAAAUAGCAACAUGAAUAACCUUAACUCAAAUUUUAACAGCAGUAACAAGUUGUUGGUCAUCCCUCCUUCUGUGGAACCUUCGUUCUUAUACGCGCCGGACAAGGAUAUAAUUACAGGGUUGCCACUGGUCAGAACGGCGUCCCCCGCUCAAAUGAGUCCACGCAUCAUGAGCUCGCCAAGACCAGGGUCAGCCUUGUCAAAUGUAGCUCUCGAUCCGGAUGAAACACCGUCCUUUUCAGUCAAUGAUGGAAAUCAGGACUUUAAGUUCCAGAGUUACCACUUGGACUACAAAUACACCCCACCUCCCAUUAAGGGGCCGUGUUGCGUGUGUGGAGAUGGAAUCAUGGGGGCUAUGGUCACAGCUUUGGAUAAGAUGUGGCAUCCGGAACAUUUUUUAUGCGUCCAUUGCGGGAUUGAACUUCGUUCCCCUAUGUACUUGGAGCACGAUGGUCAACCCUAUUGUAAAGUGUGUCACGGAAAGCUGUUCCUCCCACCAUGCGCUGGGUGUGGCAAGGACAUUACCGGGAACUACAUCAAAGCAAUGGAGAAAAUUUGGCAUCCACCAUGCUUUCAAUGCACUCGGUGUCGAAAGGUGCUCACACCUACGACUUUCUUCCCCAAGGAGGGAAAACCUUAUUGCGAGGACGACUUUCACGACUUGUUCUCUCCGAAAUGCUGGGGUUGUAAGAAACCAAUAAAAGAUGAUCGAAAAAUUUCCGUCCUCGGACGGCACUGGCAUCCCGAACAUUUUAAAUGCUGCGAAUGCGGAAUUCAACUAAACCCCAAUAAUUUCAAAGAAAAGAAUGGAAAACUCUAUUGCGAAAAGGAUUUCAACAAUCUAUUCAUGCCGAAAUGUGGAGGUUGCAAUACUCCCGUGGUUUCCAACGGCCUAACCGCAAUGGGCAAAACUUGGCAUCCUCACUGCUUCAACUGCACCGAAUGCAAAAAGCAACUCAAUCCUGAUCGCUUCUUUGAAAAGAAUGGACUUCCCUAUUGUGAGGACGACUUUCAUAAAUUGUUUUCCCCAAAAUGUGCCGGAUGUCGGCAACCAAUUAAGGAUCAAAACAAAAUGAUCAACGCCAUGUGCAAACCGUGGCAUCCGAACCAUUUUACUUGCACUGAGUGUAGCAAGGUUCUCACUCCGGAGAAUUUUUUCGAAAAGAAUGGGCUGCCUUAUUGCGAGGAUGACUUUCACAAGUUGUUUUCUCCAAAAUGUGCUGGCUGUCAGAGGCCGAUUAAAGAUCCGAAGAAAGUACUUAACGUGAUGGGAAAGCAAUUCCAUCCGGAACAUUUUAAUUGCACGGAAUGCGGAAAGAUUCUACAGCCUGAUAAUUACUUUGAGAAGAAUGGGCUUCCCUAUUGUGAAGAUGAUUUUCAUAAAUUAUUUUCAGCUAAAUGUGCCGGAUGUGGGGGCCCGAUUAAAGAUCCAACUAAAAUGGUUGUAGCUCAAGGGAAAAAAUUUCACCCGGAGCACUUUAAUUGCACGGAAUGUGGAAAAAUUCUCUCUCCAAAUAAUUUCUUUGAGAAAGAUGGAUUGCCUUAUUGCGAGGAUGAUUUUCACAAAUUGUUCUCACCCCGUUGUGCCGGAUGUGGGGAGCCGAUCAGAGAUAAAUAUGUUUUCGCCAUGGGUAAAUAUUUCCAUCCGCAUCAUUUCACAUGUUCCGAGUGUGGAAAGCAACUGAAGGAAAAUGAGUUCAUGGAAAAGGAUGGACGCAUUUAUUGCAUGGACGACUUUUUGAACUUGUUUGCACCAAAGUGUGUAGCUUGUCGAAAACCGAUUAAAGAAGAAUAUUGCCUCGUAGCUUUGGAAGGAGAUUGGCAUUCUAACUGUUUCAGAUGCAAAGAUUGCAAUUGUCUUUUGGAAGACCGAAACUUUUUCGAGAUUGAUGGCGAACCAUAUUGCGAACAACAUUUUCACGCGAGACAAUGUCCCGAUUGUGUAAAAAUUCGGCGAGAACAAAACAGAUAUUUUGGCAUCUCCAUUACCACUCCGAUGGGUCCGUCUCGCUGGGCGUCACAAGUUUCGUUAAAAUCUCUCAUUGAAGAUGAGACGAUAACCACCACCACGACAAAAGGGGGCGUUAACAACAGCUCGAAUUUUCUCGUUGAUGACGGUGGUCGUCCAAAUUCAGCUUUGUCGCAAUACUCGACAAACUCUUAUGACACGGCUUUUACAGAUAUGGGAGGCAGGUCGUCGCCAUCGAUGAGGUCAUACACAAUCCCCAUUGAACGUGAGGGAGGUAGGACGUAUAGGAACGGAGGCUUUGAAAAUGGAGGCCAUGUUCACGGCGAAACAUGCAACCACUCCCAUGAAGAGUAUCAAACUCAAAGUCAAAGAUCAAGUUUGAAACGAGGCCAACAACUGGGUCAGUCUGAACAGAAAUUAAACAAUGGAUCAUCAUCAUCAAGCAACAUGGGAAAAUGGAGUGGUUCUCAAAACAAUUUGCAGUACAUUGCAAGAAAUGAAAACCCAUACAAUUAUUUGGAACAAGGAAAGUUCCCCGUGGAAUCGAAACAUAUUCGAUUUUCAGACACUGUAACGCAACGAGAGUUUGAAAAGGAUGGCAAGUAUUAUUAAUAAAUAGAGGAAAACUAAUUAGUAAAAGUGCAAUGAAAGGAGAAUUUGUAAGUUGAUUUUAAUUAAAAUUCUAAAAAAAGUUAAGAAAUGAUAUUAUGGAGAAAGCAAUAAAAUUCAAAUUGUGUGAAAGUUUUACUGUAAAUAAAUGAAUUUCUGGAUUAUGACAAAAAAUAUUUU